AUGGACAUUUCAAAACUUGGGGGUGGUGGGGAUUCUGACCCUUCUUCCUCCGCAAGGCCCGACCUGCUCUCCCCGUUUGAGAUAGAAUCGUACGCGGGGGCCGUGGAAAGCUCGAAGGUUCUGGAGCUAGGCUGCCUUGGCUGGUUGGAUAAGCACGAGCGGGUAAAACAGCUCGCGAUCCAGUCCGUAAUUCAGGCGCUGUCAGGGCGGGAGGAAACGGUGAAGGAUUUUCUGGUCACGUUGGAGAAGAUCCCGCACCUCGUCCACGACCUGGUUUUGGUGGAAUUGUGGAGAGAACGCGUCUUUCCGGAAGUACUUAAGGCCCUCAAGGAACAAAAGGAUGAUGGGAAGGGACACGGUGGAUUCGCCAUCUACCCCAUCCUCUACCACGAAUCGACCCUUCUCAACCUCCUCGAAACGGUUUUGUUCCACUCCUCCGCCGUCGAAACGUUGGGCGACGCUUGUCUCGACCUGGCCGACUAUUGUCUCCGAACUCUGACCCGAUUCCUCGCCGGGGCCACAAAUUUUGACGACGAAGACGACGAAAAGGUCACGAAAAAGAAGAUUGACCUUGACCCCGACCCCGACCUUGACCCCGACCCCGACCUUGACCUCCGCGCCCAGUCGGACUCCCUCCUGCUCGGCGCUGCCCUCAAGGCGCUGGCCUGCCUGCGAUAUCUGAUCGAAAACGUGGACAAUCUGGGUCACGGGUUGACCUCGCGCCUCGUCAUCUCCACCGACACUCCCAUGCUGCUCACCGAACUCAUCGUGGCGAAACCGUGGCGCCGAGAGUACUGGAAGACGGGCCGGGUGGAGGAUUUGGAGCCGACUUCGUCCCAGUGGAAAGAAGUGGAUCCCAGUGUGAGGGGGAUGAUAAGCAACACUGAAGCCCAAGCCUGGCUGAGUUUGUACCUUCUCUUGAAGAACAACAAGAUCCUGUCCUCCUACGAACUGUACGAUGCUCGGAAGAACAAUUUGCUCAAGUUGCGUCCCUACCUGAAUGACGUUACGUUGGACCAAAUCCCCAUUUUGGGCGAAUUUUCCGUCUUUUUGAACCAAUUGGCCGUCACCCAGGGACCAUUUGGACCGGGAAAAAGCCCCCUUUUGCUGGAACUCGUCCCUCCGAUUAGGGCCGCCCUGGAGGAAAAGUUCGAGAAGGAUGAGGCCAAAAUUUUGAGGCAUUUCAAACAAGAAUUGGUCACCGGAAGUAAAGAGGUCAUGCUCCAGAAGGCUCAGCGCCUCGCGUCCGCCUAUGAUUUGGACUCCUUCUCCGGCGCGCUGCCCAUCCCGAAACGGUGCGCCGCGCCGAACUGCGCGAAGGAAGGGACGAAACGGUGCUCUCGCUGUAAAGAGGUCUCAUAUUGCGGAAAAGACUGCCAAAUCGCGCACUGGGCGGCGGGACAUCGGGACAAUUGUGUUCCGAAAUCGUGUUAGAGAAACUAUUUUAUUGAGCAAUUAACUAACUUUGCAUGGUUAUCAAACAAUAAAUAGCUUAAUUACUUGCAUGCUUAAUUAUUUAUUAAUUAUGCUAAUUAUAUAAUUAUCUUUG